AUGAAUCCCCAUUUUUCUCCACCUUCCCCUCCCCAUUCUUCGAUGAACACCAACUCAUCUUCCCGGACUUCCACUCCAAUUCCAAUUCCAUUCCAAACCCCCCUGCCAUCAUCAGAUCAUCACCCCCCAAAACCUAAACAGAAGCAAGCAGUCCCGAGGAAGAGGACCGGAAAGAAAGACCGGCACAGCAAGAUUUGCACUGCGAAAGGGAUCCGAGACAGGAGAAUGAGGCUCUCCCUUCAAGUCGCGAGGAAAUUCUUCGAUCUCCAAGACAUGCUGGGCUACGACAAAGCGAGCAAAACCAUCGAGUGGCUUUUCAGCAAAUCCAACAAGGCGAUGAAGGACCUCACCAACACCAAGGAUGGUAAGUUCGCGUCGGAAUCCGGGGAGAACUGCUCGAACAAUGCAAAGGCGAAAGCGCAGUGCAGAACAGAGGAGAAGGUGAUGGUAAAGCGGGUCGAAUCGAGCCCUAAUCAGAAUGUUUUAGACAAAUUAGGGUCUUCGAGCAGCAGUCCUCCAUUAGAUCGAGAAAGGGUUUGUGUAGCGGACGAUGUCGGAACAAUCGAGAAGCUUCUGGGGAAUUCCACUUCUGAUCAUUACAACUGCUCUACUUUCAUGGGAUUUCUUGGAAACUGGGACCUGCUUGAGCAAUGAUCAGAUCACAGACUAAAUUAAGCAGGUAAUUAUCCCACCUCAAUUUAUUCACCCACCACCCCACAUUUUCUACUAUUUAUUGGAUAUGUACCUAUUAAAAAAUAUUUAUGGCUCAAUUUGACUGUUUGUAAAUUAAAUCCCUUGAAAAGCAUGUAAUAAUCUUCUAGUACUGCUUAUUGUACUAAUUAUCUUAAUAAUAAUCGAAUUAUUCCAGUAUCAAUCAUCAA